AUGCACAAGUGUGUUCAUUGCCAAACAUCAAUCUCUACCCUAACUGAACCCUCGCUUGCUAACUCUAAAACCACCCGAUCGUCCCUUUGCAUGGCCUGCAAACAAGUCGCUGAUCCUUACAUCUUCAACCAACUCAAAUUCCUACAAGACCUACUACUUUUCAAACCAGAAGCUUUCCGCCACUUGGUUUUCAAUACUUCUUCCCCCACUCCCACCACUCUCUUCCUCAUUCGCCUUGCCGUCCAACUCAUCAAUACUUUCACUCUCCUCACUCAAUCCCAACUCCUACUCCCCCAUACCAACCCAAUUGUUCUGAGCCCCGAUUCUCCAACUCAAUUCCCGCCCUCGUCCUUCUCCCCCCAAUCUAACUCCACUCUUCUCCUUAAUCACCCCCAAAUUUACGCCCACUUUCUAAUUCAAACAACCGAACCCAUCUUCCUAUUCUUACUUUUUGCCAAAGUCUCUACACUACGCCGCAUCACUAAGAUUGUUAUUUUAAUCUCUACUUUUUGUUUUCUCAAACUACCUAUCUUUAUUUCUCUUUCUACCUAUCUAUUUUACGCCCAAAUGAUCAAUCUUAUCGUAUCUCUAAUGACAGCCAAAGCCCUAUCCAUUCUCCUGAAUACUCCCUACUAUAAUCUCCUCCUAGCCAUCCUGUUCCAUCGUUGUUUGGCUAAUCUACUUUUGAGUAACGAGUUUCAGAUAUAG